GCUGCCUUCUUCAUUUGUCCUUGCCCUGCCGUUGGAUAGCUGUCAGGGUCUGUGAUGGAAGAUCCUGUAUCCUGGGUCAUGAAACUUAAUCCACAACAAGCUCCGUUAUAUGGCGAUUGCGUGGUCACCGUCUUGCUCACGGAAGAGGACAAAGUGGAAGAUGAUGUCGUUUUUUACUUGGUGUUUUCGGGCUCCUCCCUCCAUCACUGUACAAGUACGCGGAAGGUCAGCGCAGACACUCUGGAGACCAUUGCUCCUGGCCACGAUUGCUGCGAGACGGUGAAGGUGCUGCUCUGCGCGUCCAGGGAGGGCCUGCCUGUGCUCGUCGUGGCCGAAGAGGACUUCCAGUUCAUCCAGGACGAGGCCUACGAUGCGGCCCAGUUCUUGGCCACCAGCGCCGGGAACCAGCAGGCCCUGAACUUCACCCGGUUCCUUGACCGGUCAGGGCCCCUGUCUGGAGACGUGAAUUCCCUUGACGAGAAGGUGGCCCUGGCCUUCAGGCACCUGAAGCUGCCUGCCGAGUGGAAUGUGCUGGGGACAGACCAGACCCUUCCCGAUGGCGCCCCCCGGGAGACGCUGAUGCAUUUUGCUGUGCGGCUGGGACUGCUGAGGUUGACAUGGUUCCUCCUGCAGAAGCCAGGUGGCCGUGGAGCUCUCAGCAUCCACAAUCGGGAAGGAGCGACGCCUGUGAGCCUGGCCCUGGAGCGGGGUUAUCACAAGCUGCACCAGCUGCUAACCCAGGAGAACGCUGGAGAGCCAGACUCCUGGAGCACCUUAUCCUAUGAGAUUCCUUGUGGAGACUGUUCUGUGAGGCACCAUCGAGAGUUAGACAUCUAUACGCUAACCUCUGAGUCCGAAUUGCGGCAUGAACCCCCAUUGCCUGGAGACCCUUGCACUGGCCACAUUUCUAAACUUAAGAACAUUCAGCAGCAGCUAACGAAAACAAACUUGAAGCAGGUGGACAGUGUUCUGCCCUCAGUGGUGACAGCGCUGGGUCCUUCAUGUCUACCCAGCGGCCCAGCAGCAGACGGCCAGUGUCGGCCCCACACAUCAGAGCCCACAGCCAGCCUUCCGCUUUCUCUUGAAGACUCUGAGAGCUUUCCAGGCUGCCCGGGGAGCCCAGCUGAGCACAUUGGACAAUCCCCUGACGUCUCAAGCGUGCAUAGGGAGAAUACAGGCUGUUCCUGUCGGAAGGACAGUAGAGGCAUGGAAAGCACAGGGGAAGAAGCAGAGCUGACACCACCGGUGGCCUCUGGCGCUCUGUCCGAUCCCCGCGGAGGGGCAGAGCACACGGGAGGCCUCCUGCCCUGCAGAAUCAGCAGCGCAGGGGUGGGCACAGACUCCUCUGUAGAGGCCACAGACCAGGAGUCUCCAAGCAGGCGCGACAGUGUUCUGCGGGGGGCCCCGUUGGGGGAGCCAGGCACGGCCCUGCCUUGGUCUGUAGGGCCAGUCGCCCAUCCUGCCUCAGAGAGCACGGGGGCAGCAGCAGAGUCUGGGCUCGGGAGCGCAGAGGCCGCCGGCCCGGGGACUGCCCUGCAGAGCCACAGCGCAUCUGGGGCCCCUGGCGUCCCGGUCCCAGAGGGGCCUGCCGGUGUCCUCGGCGCCGUCUCUGCUGCUGCUGUCCGGGGUGGUACCAGCCCCGCCAAGUCUUCACUUGCGCUUACCUUCACUGAGAAGGCUGAAACUUCGGGAAGUGGCGAGGAGAACGAUGCCGCCCUGGGAGGUCCAGAUGUCCUGGGGAUGGUGCCUGCUGCAGAAGCCGGGACUUCAGACGGGUCUGAAGCUGACUCUUCCUCAGUACGUGUGUGCGAGGUGACGUCAGCCUGCAGUUUGACCUGUCCCGGGCCGGAAACAGAUGUGAGGCCGCGCCAGGAAUGGGCGGUGAGUCCAGCUCACAGUCAGAGCCAAACGAGCACAUUUCCCACAGGAUCCGCAGCGGAGCAGGACGAACUUCCCGUGGCGGCUGCGUGCCCCCAGAGCUCGGUCACUCCUAGGGGUGCGCUGGCCACAGAGCCGCGUGAUGGCCCCACGCCCCCGCCUGCACGUGACCCCCCGGAGCCGCCCGGCACACAGCGCCUGCCCGCUGCCGUCUGCGCGCGAGAGCCGCAGGCCUCUGCGGCCGCCCAUGGCCGUGGGGGGGCUCCGCAGCUGCCUGAGCGCUGCUGUCCCCGUGGAGCUGUGGGUGCAGAGGGCGAAGAUGGGAAACUGGAAGCAUUUAAGGAGGCUCCACAUCCACAUCCCGCUUUGCCCCAAACUGAGAAAGAGCUGGUACCAGGCCAGGCAGUGACAUCAGACAGGGCUUUCUCGCUGGCAGGCGGUGCUGGCGGUGAAUCAGUAACCAGAGAUGACGCGCUUUCUUUUGUCCCCUCCCUGAAAGAAAAGGGAAUAGCAACUCCUGAACAGCACACAGCUGCAGGCUGUAGAGGAGGCCCCGGCGGAGAUCGCCCCGGCGGAGGCCAGCAGCUGCUAGACGCCCGGGCGGCAGGCCUCUCGGCUGCCCUUGACCUCCAGCCCGGCAUGGGGAACGCCAGCCCCACAAGACUUGCGGGGGAGCAGCAGGCGCCCUGCCUCUCAGCAGCCCCUGCGCGUCCGAGCCUUGAGGGCAGUGCUGACUCUUCCUUCCUGCCUGCGGGGAAGGCCACCUUGGUCGCGGAUUCCAUUUUGGCCGAGGACGGAAAAAAUCUGGUGGUUUCAGAGAGCGCUGCAGCUCAGGGGCAAGACGGCAAGGACAGAACAGCGACUUCUUCCUCCCCGAAGGAGGCCCCUCUCUCUUCAGGAGCUCUGCUGGAGCAGCAGACAGCACCUUCUGGACCGGAGGCCCCAGGACGCCUCGGAGAACCCGCCGCAGCCGCCUGCGCUGCGGACAGAGCGCUUCACAGCCACUUCCCAGGCACACCCUUGGCCUGUGCUUACCCAGAAGCUGCGCGGAAGCAGGAAGCGGCCCCACCAGCUCCACAGCUGCCUGGAGGUGGGGCUGCACUGAGCCUGGUGCCACCAGGAGCAAGCCUGGCUGUCAGCUGCGGCCUAGAGGUCUCGGGGCUGUCAGCUGGGCCUGCCACACAGAACAGCACCCCUCCGUUGCCAGCUCUGUUACCAGAUGGGUCAGAGGCUCUCAAGAGCCACCCGUCAUUUGCUUUGGAUGUGGGUGCGAAAGGCACUCAGAACCUGGGGCAGAGCUGUGCCUGGGAGGUGAGCGGAGACGCGUGGGACGGGGCUGCGGCCGACAGGCCACCAGGGCCAGCCGGGGCCAGAAGGCGGAGCGAGUCACACAGCACCUGGGACCCCAUGGCUCCAGAGCACCUGCUGAGCCAGGAGGAGAGCACGCACUGGGGUGUGCCAGGAGCACCCCCUGACAGAGGUGUGAUUGACCAGGCUGCUGCAGCCCCUGGAAUGGUGCCUCUCUGUGGGAAGAGCGAGAACCUGGAGGGAGCCCUACCCUGUUGUCACCUGGGCAGCCCCAAAGAGGUACAGGUGGAGCCCAGCGACAGGGGAGCCCAGCACCCCCCUCUACAGCCUGCUGCCCAGCAGCCUCGCACUGAGCCAGGGCUCUCAAAGAGUGCAGCUGACCAGACCCCCCUCGGGGAGGGCAGGGCCCUCCCGCCACCCGGCACCGACUCUGCCACCGCCAAGCCUUGGCCUCAGCACGCUGAUGCCAUCGAGGAGGCUGCCAGUCGCAUCGUGGAUGCCGUCAUAGAGAGAGUCAAGGCCUCUGGAGUGCUGAUCACCAAGGCAGGCAGCCAUCACGAGCCGCAGUCCAGUGCCCGGGACUUGGCGGGGGCCUCUGCAGGCCACGUGGGUGCCGGCCUGCUUGGGGACACCCCAGGUGAGGGCAUCACCCACAAGGAAGCCCCCGGUGCCCUGGCAGGAUAUAGUGCAGGAAGGGAGGAGCCAGAGCGACUUACUGCAUCUGUUCAAGGAGCUGGGCCGGCAGCAGAAAUGCCAGACACGAAAGCGGAAGACGAAGUGGACUUGCGGGCUAGCUCCAGGCGGAGUCCAGCGUCUGAGGAGGUGGUUGAGGGCAGCAGUGCUGCUCCUGAGCCCCAGGCGAAUCCGCAGACGCAGGCGAUCAAUCGCGAAAGCCGGUGCGCAGCAGAGACUUGCCCCGACACAGCAGCCCUUGCGGCUCCCCCAGAGAGCCCAGAGUGUGAGAACUUUCUGGAUGCUGGUUUGGGCAGAGAGUGUACCUCAAAUCAAGGGGUACUGAAAAGAGAAUCUGGGAGUGAUUCUGAUCUCUUGCACUCACCUGGCGAAGACGUGGACAGCAUCAUCUUCUCCAAGCCUGAGGAGGAGCAGCUGGCCUGCGAUACCACUGGGUCCAGCUCGUCCACCGAUGACACGGCCUCCCUCGAUCGCCAUUCUUCCCAUGGCAGCGAUGUCUCCCUCCCCCAGAUCGCCAGUGUGAACAGAUCCAGGCUUCAUCAGAGCCUCGAUGGCUUCUACAGCCAGGGGGUGGCAGCUGAGGCCCGAGAGAGCAGGAGCGAACCUGCUGGCCCAGGAGACGUGGAGGAGGAGGAGAUGGACAGCAUCACCGAGGUGCCCGCGAACUGCUCCAUCCUGAGGACCUCCAUGCGCUCCCUGUCCCCUUUCCGGAGGCAUAGCUGGGGUCCUGGGAAGAACGCAGCCAGCGACGCGGAGAUGAACCAGCGCAGUUCAAUGCGUGUUCUGGGGGAUGUGGUCAGGAGACCUCCCAUUCAUAGGAGAAGUGGCCUUUCUGGUUUAGUCAUUCUGGAUACAGUCGUCACCAUCUUCGCCCCUUGCUUACCCACGCUGGCACGCCAGUCACUCCCAGCCUUUGCGGCCCUCACAACACACCACAGAUCUAGACAGCAGGCAUUUAAUUACUGUACAUCCGCCAUCUCUUCUCCAUUGACAAAAUCCAUCUCAUUAAUGACAAUCAGCCACCCCGGCUUGGACAACUCACGGCCUUUCCACAGCACCAGCGCUAACCUGACCGAGAGUAUAACAGAAGAGAACUACAGCUUCCUGCCACAAAGCCCCUCCAAGAAAGAUUUUGAAGGGAAGAGCGGAACAAAAGUGAGCCGGACGUUCAGCUACAUCAAGAAUAAAAUGUCGAGCAGUAAGAAGAGCAGAGAAAAGGAAAAGGAAAAGGAAAAGGAAAAAGAUAAAAUGAAAGAAAAGGAGAAAGACUCUAAAGAGAAGGAGAAGGACAAGAAGACGCUCAACGGGCACACUUUCAGCCCCAUUCCCACCGUGGGCCCAGUCAGCUGCGGCCAGUGUAUGAAGCCUUUCACCAGCAGAGAUGCCUAUGCCUGUGCGGGUUGCAAUGCAUUUGUCCACAAAGGCUGCCGGGAGAAUCUGGCCUCCUGUACAAAGGUCAAAAUGAAGCAGCCCAGAGGGACCCUCCAGGCGCAGGACACGUCAUCGCUGCCCACGGUCAUCAUGAGAAACAAGGCCUCCCAGCCCAAGGAGCGCCCCCGCUCCGCCGUCCUCCUGGCCGAGGAGACCGCCGCCGCCCCGCUGUUCGUUCACAGACGGUCUCCGCAAGGCGUCUCACUCUCCAAAAGUGUCUCCAUCCAGAACAUUGCCGGGGUCGGCAGUGAUGAGAACAUGGCAAACACCUGGAAAUUCCUGUCCCAUUCAACAGACUCACUAAAUAAAAUCAGCAAGGUCAAUGAGUCCACAGAAUCUCUUACUGACGAGGGUACAGAUAUGAAUGAGGGACAGCUAAUGGGAGACUUUGAGAUGGAAUCAAAGCAGCUAGAAGCGGAGUCCUGGAGCCGAAUCGUGGACAGCAAGUUCCUGAAGCAGCAGAGGAAAGAGGUGGUCAAACGGCAAGAGGUGCUCUACGAGCUGAUGCAGACAGAGCUGCACCACAUCCGCACGCUGAAGAUCAUGAGCGACGUCUACAGCAGGGGCAUGAUGACCGACCUGCUCUUCGAGCAGCAGACGGUGGAGAAGCUGUUCCCCUGCCUGGAGGAGCUCAUCAGCAUCCACAGCCAGUUCUUCCAGAGGAUCCUGGAGCGCAAGAAGGAAUCGCUGGUGGAUAAAAGCGAGAAGAACUUUCUCAUCAAGAGGAUGGGGGACGUGCUCGUCAGCCAGUUUUCAGGGGAGAACGCAGAGCGCCUGAAGAAGACGUACGGCAAGUUCUGUGGACAGCACAACCAGUCUGUGAGCUACUUCAAAGACCUUUACAACAAGGAUAAGCGCUUCCAGGCCUUCGUGAAGAAGAAGAUGAGCAGCUCAGUGGUCAGGAGGCUUGGAAUCCCCGAGUGUAUACUGCUUGUCACCCAGAGGAUCACCAAGUACCCAGUUCUGCUCCAGAGAAUACUGCAGUGCACCAAAGACAACGAGGCAGAGGAGGAAGAUCUGGCUCAUUCCCUGAGCCUGGUGAAGGACGUGAUUGGAGCAGUAGACAGCAAAGUGGCAAGUUAUGAGAAGAAAGUGCGUCUCAAUGAGAUUUAUACAAAGACGGACAGCAAGUCGAUCAUGAGGAUGAAGAGCGGCCAGAUGUUCGCCAAGGAGGAUCUGAAACGGAAGAAGCUGGUGCGGGAUGGGGGUGUGUUUCUGAAGAGUACGGCAGGAAGGUUAAAAGAGGUGCAAGCAGUUCUGCUCACUGACAUUUUAGUUUUCCUUCAAGAAAAAGACCAGAAGUACAUCUUUGCGUCACUGGACCAGAAGUCGACGGUGAUCUCGCUGAAGAAGCUGAUCGUGCGGGAGGUGGCGCACGAGGAGAAGGGCUUGUUCCUGAUCAGCAUGGGCGUCAAGGACCCCGAGAUGGUGGAGGUGCACGCGGGCUCCAAGGAGGAGCGCAACAGCUGGAUCCAGAUCAUCCAGGACACGAUCAACACCCUGAACAGAGACGAAGAUGAAGGGAUCCCGAGUGAGAACGAGGAAGAGAAGAAGAUGAUGGACACCAAAGCCCGGGAGUUUAAAGAGCAGCUUCAGCAGAAGGACCAGCAGAUCCAGCUGCUGCUGGAGGAGAAAGAGGUGAUUUUCCGGGAAAUGACGGAGUGCACCGCCCCCCUGCCAGAGGAUUGCUCCCCCGCUCACAGCCUGCGAACGCUCUUCCGCUCCAGCACCGAGGAGGCGCUCAAGGGGGGGCCCUUGAUGAGAAGCGCCAUGACCGAGGUGGAGCUCCUGCAGGACUUGGUGAGUGGCAGCCUGGGGGGCAGCCUGGGGCCAACGGCCAGCAGCCCCGGGGAGCAGGAAGGCCCGGUGGGCCCCGUCUCGCUGCCUCGCAGAGCGGAGACCUUCGGGGGAUUCGACAGCCACCAGAUGAGCACUUCCAAAGGAGGUGAGAAGGAAGACGGGGACGACGGCCAGGACCUCAGGAGGACAGAGUCGGACAGCGGACUGAGGAAGGGUGGAAAUGCAAACCUGGUGUUCAUGCUUAAAAGAAGCAGCGAGCAGGUGAUGCAGAGCGUCGUCCGCCUGCACCAGCUCCUCAGCGCUCUACAGGGCGUGGUGCUGCAGCAGGACAGCUACAUCGAGGACCAGAAGCUGCUGCUGGCAGAGCGGGCGUUGGCGCGGAGCUGCACGCGGCCCAGCUCGCUGAUUGAGCAGGAGAAGCAGCGCAGCCUGGAGAAGCAGCGCCAGGACCUGGCCAACCUGCAGCGGCAGCGGGCGCAGCACGAGGACGAGCAGCGGCGGCGGGAGCGCGACUGGGACGCCCGCCCUGCCGUCGCCAAGCCGGGGCCCCUGGACUCAGAACUCUCGGCGUCCCCAAAAAGGAACAGCCUCUCUCGGACACACAAAGACAAGGGGCCUUUCCACAUACUGAGCUCUGCCGGCCAGACCCACAAGGCGCCAGAGGGCCAGGCCCCGGCCUCCGCCCCCACCCGCCUCUUCGGGUUGGCCAAGCCCAAGGAGAAGAAGGAGAAGAAGAAAAAGGGCAAGGGCAGCCGCGCCCCGGCCGGCGACGGCCCCGUGCCCGAAGGCCCAGCCGAGGCUGAGGAGAUCUUCUGCUGAUGCCAAGGAGGCUGCCUCCUGCUCAGUCUCGCAGGGCGCGUGGCGCUGCCCCGGCACCUGGACCAGGGGAAAGUCGCGGUGUGUGGGCGGGCGGGCAGCGGGUCCGGCACCGCCCAGGCGCAGAGGGCGGGCCACCGGGCAAGGCGGAGGCUGUCGGGGACCCUCGGCCGAGCGCCUCCAGGGGUCUGGAGCUGCCUUUCCCUCAUGGGCGUGCCCCGGGGCUCAGCCCAGGGCCUCCCUGGCCGGCCCCUGCAGCCGGCCCCACCCCUUCUGCACACCAUUCUCUCCUUCAGCAAGGAUGCGGCGAUGCCGGCGGCGGGGCAGGCGUCCGUCACCCACCCACCCGCCACGUUUCGGGCACAGCCAUGUUUUGGCGAGCCGGUGACUGACUCCCAGGCGUGCGACCCUGGGGCUGCAGCCCUGAGGCCUGACUCUCGGGGUGUCUCUGUCCACUCUGAAGGGACUGUGGCUACCGCGCCCCCAGGGCCAGCGAGGAGGCAGCGUGCGGGUAGGAAGGGCAGAGGCGCAGCGGCGGGGCCUGGCAAGGUUUGGCUCUUAGGGAAGUGCUGAACGGCCGGGUGUGCGCCGUCCCCCACCCUAGGGACGUGGCUGCUGCCGCGCCAUCUGCUCCCUCCCGCCCCGGGAAACUCUGUACCUGACACGUGGCCCUUGAAGCCCUGGCGAGCUCGGGCUUUGAGCGCACGUCCUGCACAGCAUCCAGAAAAGCUCUAACGUGGUGCUUGUGAGGCGCUGCGAGCUGGCCUCGCAGUGAAGGGGUUUACCUGCAGCUUCUCCGAAAGCGCUCUUGCUUAAAACUGUGAGCUUACCUGUGUGUUAUUUAUUGUCGCGUGCGUGUGUGUGCCAGGCCGACUCGCGCGCCCAGGGCUUCCUGCCUGCUUGGUGCCCGCAGCCCCUGCUGUCCCGUCGCACCUCGCUGUCCCUCAGCGGACAGCUGCUUCCCGCCACUCGUUCUCCCCGUCAGAGGUGGGCUCCGGGACCGCCACCAGCUGACUUCCUGGCCGACCCGGCCGUGUGGCAGCAGUGCCCCCGCCCGGUGCUCCCCUGCCCCCCGGGUCCAGAGGCUUCAGUAGCGACAGUUGGGUCAUUUUUGAAAACCUACAUUCCCACAGCUUCAACUUCCUCGGUCAGGGGCAGGCUCAGAGCACUGGGCUCCCGCCCGCCCCCAGGCCUGUCUGCAGUGCAGAGGCUGAGGGACCCAGAGGGCUCCCGGCGCCACUGCAGCUCCCUCUCGAGGUGAACUCGAGCACCCCCAAAGGAGUCAGUGUCUGGCUCGCUCUGCGGGAGCAGCCGGGAGGCCUCAGGCUCGGAAGCCCAGUGCACUCCCCCACGGGCUGCCCUCCAGCGUCCUGUCAUCUCAGUCGUCCUCAGGGCGACGUGCACUUUAGAGGCCCUCACCGGCCGCUCUCGAGACAAUCAGCUGUUCCUUCAGGACGGGCCCGAGCGUGGCCCCAGCGCGCAGAGGGCCGCAGCCCGCCCUGCCAGCGUUCCGCCCUCCCCGGGAGAGCAGACGGUGGGGAGGCGCCGUCCUGCCUGCCUCGGCGUCUCAGGGCAGACCGCUAGCAGAGGGCUGCAGACAGGCUUGGCCUGUCCGCAAGCGGCACCGGCCCUGCGCCAGCCCUCGGUGCUGGGGGGCGUCACCGCGUCGCCGUGCCACGGGCCGGGCGCCUCUGCAGAGCGCCGGCCCCUCCCAGAGAGACCUCCGAGCUGGGCCCAGAGCGGGACGCCGCCGGGGCGGGGCU